CCUCACUCACCGGAUGAUUGCAGGAGCCAAAGGAGAAACAGAAGUUUGCUUCAUUUGUGUUGUGAACGCACAGCGACAACAGUAAACAGGCAACACUUUUAUGCCCAACACAAACCAACAGGGGUCCAGUGUCAUUGAGGGGGGACCGUGAUGGGUCGGAAGCUGGACCUGACGGGCCUGACGGAGGGGGAGGCGGCUCACGUGCUGCAGGUGGUGCAAAGAGACAUGAAGCUUCGUAAGAAGGAUGAGGAGCGUCUCAGCGAACUGAAGCAGGAGCUGGACGAGGAGGGCAGUCGCUGCCUGCUGCUGUCAAGGCAGACGUGCUUCAACCGCCGCUGCUGCAUCCGCUGCUGCUCGCCCUUCUCCUUCCUGCUCAACCCCAAGCGCCAGUGCAGCAGCUGCAGCUACAACGUCUGCAAGGCCUGCCGGGUCUACAACAAGCGGGACAGAAUCUGGCUUUGCUCUGCGUGCCAGAAGAGCCGGCUGCUGAAGGCCCUGUCCCUGGAGUGGUUCUACUCCAACGUGAAGAAGCGCUUCAAGAGGUUUGGCAGCGCCAAAGUGCUGAAGACGCUCUACAGGAAGCACCUGGCAGAGCACAUCGCGCUGUCAGAGCUCACAGACGGCAGCGCCUGCGGCGACAGCGUCUGCAAUGAGGGCAGCGUCUGCGGGAGCGACUCAGCGUUCUACAGACAAACUGAAGAGCACAGCAUGGCGGAGAUGCUCAGCGUGGCCACACGGGUGGCGCAGGAGGCCAUAGAUGAAGCCAUCUCCAAGGCCGAAGCCGACACGUCCACGCAGGAGAAGCAGAGUGAGGUUCUGUAUCUUCAUGAGCACAGAGCGGAGCUCGUCCAGGAGCUCGCCGAGACGAUUGUGGAAAAGAUCAUUAGCAGAAGGAAAACGUUGGCACAGAUAAAGGCUCAGUGUGACCAGCAGUGGCCUUUUGGCUCCAACAUGGACCUUCAGCAUCAACCGUCCGAUCAGGCCUCCAGCUCCCUAAAGCACCAACCAGACCUCUGGAGAUCGCUCCCAGCUUUCUCUCUGUCGAACGAGGACCUGAUCCAGGACACUCCACCCGCCCUGCAGAAGGAGGGCGCCGGGUCUCCCAUGGCGGGAUGGAAGGGCGUGGAGCGACUCGACAACGCAGUUCUGAAGAGUCCGGACGGGAACUGGCUGGCCCUGCAGAGCGCACAGUUGUCCCGCCCCGGCCUCCUGGCUAGGAGGAAGAGUCUGGUCUUCAGCGCCCUGGAGAAGGAGUCCGGAGUGAAGUCUGCAUACGAGGGACUGGACUCCGACAACGAAACCAAACCAGAACCAGAACCAGAACCACAACCAGACAGCUCCUGGGGGGCCGUCUUGCAGGAGAUCCACAGGAAGAUGACAGACUCUAACCUUCAUUCAGGCGGCGACCAAAUGUCCCUGGCAGCGAUCCAAAAAGACUCCGAGGGGAACUGGAAGUUGGGUAAACCUCUGCAGGCCCUCCUGAAGAAGAAAGUUCCUGCAGAGCUCAGGAAACCUUCAUCGUCCCGCAGGACCAGCAUCAUCGACGUGAACUUCUACCUGACAGGAGCAGGAGAGGAAGAUGAAGAGGAGAGGACGGAACCUGGAGAGGAGGAUGAAGGAAAAGCCCUUCAGUCUCAGAGGAGUAACAAAGAAUCUGCAGCUUCUUCUCCUUUAGGGGACGUCAAUCAUAAAGGCCGCAGGUCUGACGCUGUGACCUCUGACCUCCUCACAUCCGGAGCCCCGAGCCCCGAAGCUCCUGACCGGGACGACGCCGCCUCGGGAGGAGGGGGCGAGCCGAUCCAGAGGGGGAGAGGUUCUCCUGUUUCUGGAGGAGAUGAGUUUGAUCAAAUGAGAGAUGAGGAAGAGGAGAGGUUUGGUGAGGAGGACAGCGACUGCACUGAGGAUAAAGAUGAAGAGGAGAUGGAGGGCAGGUUGUACAGGCUUGUGGCGCGGUCCAGCCUCUCGUAUUUUUCCUCCACUGACGAAGAGUUGGACAGAGACGAGCAAAGUGAUGAAGAUUGGAGCAGAUCCAUUGACGUGGACAUGGAGGAAGAGGAGAAAGCGUCAGACGAAGUCACCUUCAGACUUUGUCGGCUGGAAAAAGGAGUCGGAGCGGCGCGGGCCUCCUCCACCGAAGACGAGCUGGACAGAACCGGCACAGAGGACGAAGAGGAGGAGGAGGAGGAGCAUUUGUCCAUGAAAGUCUGCAGAUUAGUGAAUCAAAUCAACGCCGCCCAGUUCUCCUCCACCGAGGAUGAGCUGGACAGAGCCGGGGUCGACGAAGAGGAGACGGACGAAGGGGCGCUGUGGACGCAGCUGCAGAAAGAUCAUCUUCGGGAUUUGGCCAGUUUGGUCAGCGCCUCACAGUUCUCCUCCACAGAGGAUGAGCUGGACCGGGCCGGGAAGAGCGAGGAGGUGGAGGAGCUGCGGGGAGGCGCAGGGUUCACCGGGGGCAUGGACAUGAAAAUGUUCGAUUCCAGGGAUGAAGUGCAGAGCAGAACUGAAGAGGAGGAAGACGAGAAAGGAGGAGAUGAGCCGAGGUUUGAGGGCAGAGAAGAAGCAGAUAUUUGGUCGAAAACAUCUGUGGAAACGGAGGAGAACAGAGGAGAACAGGAGGAGAGCGGAGCAGCACAGAGCGAUGAAGACGACGGGGAGUUUGACCGAAUCAUCGGCAGCAUGUUGACAAUGACCCUGGAGGACAUGCAGGUGGAGGACAACAGAGGAGGAGGAGCUGAUGAAGACCAUGAAAACGGACUGAAAGAGGAGGAUGCCAACGUCUUUAGAGUGACGGCGGAGGAAUCUGGAGAGAUCCGUCUGAAACUGGAGAACAAAGACAAGGGAGGAGGAGAAGAGGAGGCACAGGAAGCAGAGACAAAGACAGAAAAAACAGACGUCUGGGAUGGAGAGAAGCUGGAAGAAAACAGGCUGACAGCAGGAGAUCCGGAGUCAUCUCAGGCUCCAGGAGGCGCUGCUGACCGGGAGAAGAGGGAAGAAAAACCAGACAGAGCAUCCAGAGAAGACGCAAAGCCUUUUCUCCCCCCAGAGGAGAUUCAGGAGACUUCCUCGGCGGCGUCUCUGCGCAGCAUCACCACCGAGGUGCUGAAGGUGCUGAACGCCACGGAGGAGCUUCUGCAGAGGGAAGAGGGAGGGGACAGGCGAGACCCCGCCCCCUCGCUGCCCCCAAAUGCAGACCCCUUAAAACUGGACCAACGGUUCUGCAAGCUGGAGGAAAGCGUUUACGUGGCGGCCAGUGCGGCCUACAGUCUGGAGGCGGAGCUUGGAGAGCUGGAGGGCUGCGCCCGAGGCAUCAGCAGCUCCACCAGCGUCGUGGAGCUGUCCUUCCUGGAGGAGCAGGUGGCGGCGGCGGCUGCAAAGGUUCAGCAUUCUGAGCUGCAGAUCUGCGGCAUCUCCUCAAGGAUCGCCGCUCUGAAGAGCGCAGGCCUGAACGUGGACCCGCAGUCCCGCCUCUCCAAGACCCGGUCUGCCUGCGAGCCGCAGGCCGUGACGCUGGACUCCUCCAGACAGCUGAGACGGCGGUUACCUGCAACACCUGUGCAAGAAAACAAAAAACUCUGACGCACCGGCACUCUGAUGUCCGAUGUUACCUGAACUCAUCACCUGAAGCUGUGCAUCCCAACGCCGUCCGCCUUAAAACUGUUUCCUGUAACGACCGACAACUGAUUUUUGUGCUAAAAAGUAGAUCAAAUAAAUAUAUUUUUUAAAAAUUGACAACAGAUGAACGAAAAUAAAUGAACAUAAAGUGA